AUGACCAUCGAAGGAAAGUACAAGCUCGAGAAGAGCGAGAACUUUGACGCCUUCCUCGACAAGCUCGGCGUUGGUUUCAUGGUGAAGACCGCCGCCAAGACGCUGAAGCCCACACUCGAGGUGGAGGUCGCCGGGGACACGUACACGCUGCGCAGUCUGUCCACCUUCAAGAACACCGAGAUCAAGUUCAAGCUCGGCGAGGAGUUCGAGGAGGACCGCGCCGACGGCAAGAAGGUCAAGACCGUUGUCAACAAGGAGGGCGACAACAAGCUGGUGCAGACCCAGUUCGGCGACAAGGAGGUUAAAAUCAUCCGCGAGUUCAACGGCGACGACGUCGUCGUCACUGCCAGCGUCGACGGUGUCACCUCGGUGCGAAGCUACAAGCGCAUCUAA